GCUGCUCCAGCCCUGCAGCCCGCGGGGCAGCGCGGAGGUACCAAAAAAGCAUCUGGCCCCUCUGGGAAAAGAGAGAGAAGCAGCCAAAGCUGAGAAGGAGCGGCACAGCGAGGAGCUGCUGAAACAGACGGAAGCCGAGAGGCAGAAGAUCGUCUGGGAGUGGCAGGAGCUGCGAGGGUUUCUGGAGGGGCAGGAGCAGCGGCUGCUGUCCCAGCUGGAAGAGCUAGAGAGAGCCAUUGUCCAGAGAAGGGAUGAGGGCAUCUGCAGCCUGUCCUGGGAGAUUUCCCUGCUCAGCGAGAGGGGAGGAGAGAAGGGGCAGCAGCCGCUGAGCCAGUCCCUGCAGGGUGCUGGGAGCACUGGGGGCAGGGAGGACGGGAUGUUUCGGAAGCCGGAGCCGGGGUUCAUGGAGCUGGAGAAGAGACUCAGUGAUUUCUCUCUGAAAAGUGCCAUGCUGCAGGAGGUGCUGCUGGGAUUCAAAGAGACGCUGCGACGGGGGCUGGGGAGCGACACAGCCAUCCCGAUGAUGAUUAAUUUCUGGGAAACAUCCUCAGCAGAAUUAUUUGAAUGUGUUGCACCGGAGAGUAAAGGUACAGAGGCAGUGGCUUGUGAGAAACAGGGCGGCAGAGUAACGCCCACCUUUGACUCCAGAUUGUCCCAGCCUCCCACAGGACAGGGAAGGGAACUGGCUGUAGUGGAGCCAGUCCAGGGGCCGGUGACCUUUGAUGAGGUGGCUGUGUAUUUCACCAGGGAAGAGUGGGCUCUAUUGGACCCCCGUCAAAGAGCCCUCUGCAGAGACGUCAUGCAGGAGAACAAUGAGAAUGUGACCUCACUGG